GAAAGGAUGUUGAGACUAGAGUUCUGUACUACCAGAAGCUUCUGCCAGCAUCCGGUUUGCAUUGAGACCACAGGGAGAGCAGCAGCCUCGGGCCCGCAAGGCGGACAUGAUGGACACAAGAUGGUGACAGUGACCAUAGCUCUGGAAUGUGAGUCUCCUCCCUCUGCUGGCAGGAGCAGGUCGCUGGCACCAGCACUGGCAGACAUGAUACCCCAGAGGCGUGGCAGCUGCUUCACUGACAGUUGAGAGAAUUUCAGCAGAAAAAUGGAACUGGUGUUCCUGCAGGAGCCAAAAAGAAAAGGAAGAUCAAAAAAUGGCAGUAGCCCCAAGAAACCAACUUCUGGUGGCCCCUUGCCCAAGGAUUCUCAAGGAGAAGGCAAGUUGAUGCGAACAGCUACUUGCCAUCAGGCUCUCCCUUUAGCGCCCAAAGACCGCGCCACUCCUGCUUCAUCUGCUGAUGACACCGUACUUCCUGGCGGUGUCCGUCUCCUCUGUGCUAGUUCCCCGUGUACUAGCAUGGCAUCACCUAAGAUCUAUGAUGCAGACAAUGGUCCUCUCACCUUGGAUGAAAACAAGACCGUGUCAUCUACUGAGAGCCUGCAACAGAUUUCCCAGGAGCUCAAUGGGCUCGUGUCUGAGUCUUCAUCCUACAUCAAUCGGGAGGGCCUAGCAUCUUCUGCUAAGAUGAAAGAUCUGGAGCACCGAUGCCAAGGGCUCUCAGUAGCCCUGGAUUCCAGCAGUCUUAUAAACAAGCAACUCACUAACCAGAUAGAGGAAUUGGAGAAGGAAGAAUUUGAGCGAAAUUUUUCAAAGGAGCAGGGAGAUCUAAGGGAACAGCUUCAGGUUCAAAUCCAGACCAUUGGGAUUCUAGUGGCUGAGAAGGCCGAGUUAUAUACGGCCCUGACUCGCACCCAGCAGGCAGUCAGGCAGAAAGCAGGAGAGUCAGAGGAUCUCAUGAAUCGCCUGCUGUCUUCCUGUCAGCACAUAGGAGAGCUGGAGCGGACCCUGUCUGCUGUCUCCACUCAGCUGAGGCAGAUGGACAGGAACAACAAAGAGUUAACCAUGGAGUGUGAAAACCUCAAACUGAAGUUAUAUAAAGAAAGCAAAAACAAAGAGGACCUGAAGUGGCAGAACUUAAAAUUGAAAGAGGCACUUCGGGUUUUGCUCGAGGAAAAGCCAGCCACGCAGCAUGGGAUGGAGGAGCUGUGCAACAAACUGGAGACGGCAGAACUCAUGCCACUGUUACCUCUCCAGCCUGGAGUCCCUGAGAGCCCCCAGCAGUUACAGCAGGCCCUGGAGGAGCGGGUGCAGCUGGAGAUGCAUGUUGGGGAGGUGAGCUCAUCUCAGCCUGAGCCGGAGGCCCCUCCUCCCCCCAGGACCAGUGGGGACAGCGUGUCUGGGGAGACCUACCAGGCCCUACAGGUGGCCAUGGAAAAGCUGCAGGAACAGUUUAUCCACCUCAUGGAUGAAAAAGUGGCCAUGAAGGAGCAGAUGGAAGAGCUGGAACAUCACCUGGGCCUGGGCAAUAAUCCCUGCAUCCCCUUCUUUUACCGGGCUAAUGAAGAGCUAAAGAUCCUAGUGAUCUAAGAUCCUGACACUAGCAGGCAAAGCCCGAUGACCUGGGGCCGGGGAAUCUGCCCCACUUCUUCCCUACCGCCCCUCCCCUGCCUCCUUGCCUGCCCCCCCUUUUCUACCACACAUUCACCUCCCAGUGCCCUCCAUACUGCCCCUUCUCCACCACCCCCAGCAGCCCAGCACCCUACUGGCUGGUACAUGCAGCACAGACCUGGGGCACACAGCCACUGGGCACACUGAAGGGCACGCAUGGGCUGAGUCACAACACAGAAGCUCAUCCGCACACAGAAGGCACUUGCAGCAGCUCCCUGCACACCGGCAGGCUCAGAGGACCAUCCACCCUGUUCCAUAAGGGGCAGGGCUUGCUUUCUUGGGGUCUGGCUGUCACUUUUCAGCCCAAGAGUCUUCCAUGGCUCCCUACUGCCCAUAGCACUGAGUCCCAACAAGUCAAAACUCCUCUGUGGCCUUUGAAGAUUCCCCAAACCUUCCCUGCCCUACCCAGGGCAACCUGCUCGCAUUCCUCCUUGCUCUCUGCAUUCUCUCCUCUGCCAGGUGGCUCUCCUCAAUAUACCCCAUGUGAAACCUUUCCAUCACUCAGAAAGAUCUGUUGGGCAAUGCUGCAAAACCCACCAGCUGAGAGCCUGCCGUGGAGUAAUGCCACCUUAGACUUUCCAGCCGCAGCUGAGUCACCACAUGACUGCAGCUCUUUGCACGACCCCAGGUGAGGCCAACUGAAGGACCGCUGAGCUGAGCUUCACCCCCAAUUCUUAGACUCAUGAGCAAAUACAGUCAUUAUUUUAGGCUAUAAUUAGGUUUUGUGGUGGUUUGUUCUGCAGCAAAGCCUAUCUGAAAUCCUAAGUCUGAUAGCUUCCUGGCUCUUCUGGACAAGAAGCCACAGUGGCCAUCCAAUUCUCAGGAAACUCCCAGUCUUGGUCAAGAGUUCAGCACUAGCGUCCCCACCCUGGGCUACACUGAAGCCCAAGACCCACCCCCUGCUUCAGAGGCCUAGGUGCCCACUAUUGGGCAGGGGCCAGAUCAUCAGGGAAACGCUUUCACCAGGGGGCAGGAGUUGCCAUGAGGACCCCAUGGGAGGCACCCAGGCAGAUGUGGUCAGAGGCUGAGUAGUGGGGAGAGCAAGAAAGGGCCAGGGUCUGGGCACAAGCCUCAGUGCUUCUAGGCACCCACCAGAGAACUUCCGAGAGGCCUCAGCAGACCAACAGCUGGAAGGAUGGCAUUGCCCUGCUGGUGGGAGAGGGCAAACUGCUCGUCUCUCACCCAGAUGUCUGUGACAGCCCUUGCACUCCUCUCCCCACCUAUAGUCCUCUCC